UAGUGAAGUGUGGGAGGGACGAGCUGUCGGCAGUGACAGUGAUGCCUGGUUCGAUGUUUGUAGUACCUGAAAUGCAGUAUGGCGAGCAAUCUGUUCCUGAUGCUGCUUAUUUUUCUUCCCGAAUGCAGUCAAGGCAAACACUCGCUUCGCCUUUUGACCUUCUGUGACCUGGCGGGCGACCGUCAGUACGAUAUUGAAUAUGACGCCGAUCAGCUCUUCUACGUUGACCCCGUCACCUAUCGGAUGGCUCCGCGCCUCCCGGAGUUUGCGGGGCAGUGGACCCCUGAUCCUGGACUGGCCAAAGAGGCAUACAUCCCUGGGUACCUGCAUAUACAACAUCCCGCGGGCCAUAAAGGGAGAAAAAGGUCCCCCAGUCGUCAUAGUCGGCCCCACCGCCCUGAUCUACCCGAAGCAGGACAUGGAGCUUGGGCUCCCCAACACCCUCGUCUGCUUUGUCAACGACUUCCAUCCGCCUGUAGUCGACAUCGCCUGGACCAGGAACGGGCAGCUCGUGGACCAGAGCCAGGUCAGCCAGACUCAGUACUACUCCAACAGGGACUUCAGCUUCCGCACCUCGUCCUACCUGGACUUCACUCCGCAGGAGGGCGACAUCUACGCCUGCAGCGUGGGCCACAUCAGCCUGCAGGCACCUCUCACCAGGUUCUUGGAUGGCUACGUGUUUCAGAUGACGUACGAGUGCGAGUACGGCGACGACAUCACGGACGUGGUCUUCCUUGUCAAAAACGUGUUCAACAUGAAGCUCAACACCAUGUACGACUCUCGGGGCGGGAAGUACGUCGGCUUCGGGGAGUACGGCAUGAAAAACGCCGACCAUUACAACGGCCAGGCCUGGAAAAUGGCCUUACGGAGAGUUCAAGUGGAGACCGUUUGCAGAUACAACGCGAGACUGUUCAGAGGGAGCACGCUGGAUAGAAAAGUGCCUCCGGUUGUCAGGGUCCGUCAGACCAGGCCGGCCGACUACGGGGUGCUGACCGUGCUCGAGUGCAGCGUUGUGGGCUUCUUCCCGCAGGCAGCGAGGGCGAGCUGGCUGAGGGACGGCGCGGAGGUCGCCGACCGACGUGUCGUCCACGGAUGUCUUGGCCAACGAGGACUGGAGCUUCCAGCUUCACUCUUACCUGGAGCUGACGCCGAAGAGAGGGGAGAGGGUGAGCUGCAGGGUGGAGCACAGCAGCCUGGAGAAGAGCCUGGAGGUGGACUGGGACACCUCUGCUCUGGAUGCUAAACAUGUGAAGAUGGCAGUGGGCAUCCUCUUCUUCGUCGCUGGCUUCACUGCAGCUGCCGGCGGAGCGGCUUACCAUUGGUGGAAGCAGAGGUUCGACUUCAGCCCCGUUGGCAGACAAGGACAAACAUCGUCACGUCUUUCAGAGUUUUAGUUCCUGCUCCCGCAUGAGCCUGGGCGCAGCUUCAGAUCCUCAGGUCCUCAGGCAGGCCUCUGCUGACCGAUCCCAAGUCGCGGCUCGAGACUAAAGGUGACAAGCUGUUGUGCAGUCAAGGCUCCUCCGCUCUGGAGCUCCCAGCCCAAGGAUCUGAGGCUGCAGCAUCUUUUUAAAUCACUUCUUAAAAUGUAUCUUUUAAAAAGGGUUAACUUUUGACAACUUGUCUAUUCCGUCUUAUUAUUAAUAUGUCUUGGUGUUGUUGUUUGUUACAUUCUAUUUUAUUUUUGUGUUAUUUAAAUUGCCAGUUUUUCUUUGUUUUUGUCCUGACGUGUUGUAAUCCUGGUGCAGCCGUGUGAAGCACUUCUCAUUCUUUAGCUUCCUAUUACUGUACAUAAUGAGAUGAAAUGAACCAGCUUUCUAUCUCCGGCUCAAAAAAUCGCUGUCUUCAAACUCCUCAUUUCCAUUUAGUCCGCGAGAAAAAUGAAAAAUCAUUCUGUCCUUUGGUCCGCUGAGCUUGACCUGUUCGUCGGGAGGCGAUAAAGGGCAUUGUGGGAAGGUGACAUGCUGUUGACAUGGCAAAGCUCCUCCUUUAUCAUUUCUGACAUGUCCUGAAAAGAAAUUGCCAAGAAAUUGUUGUAACAUUGUGUUACAAUCAUCGGGUGGGAUUGAGACGUCAGAACUGUGACUUGUUACAGUCGUUGUCACUUCAGAAUAAAUCUCAUAUCUUUAUAUGAAGUGAAACCACAUUAAAUAAAAAAAAUAUUUUGUUAAUUCAUAAAAAAAUGAUCUUAUCUUUCAUCAGAAUUAGAACAACUGUUCAAAUAUGAAAAGUGCUCUAUAAAUGAAAUGUAUUAUUAUUAUUAUUAUUAUUAUUAUAUGCUUAUGCCUGAUAGCAUGCUGUAUAUUCAAAAGCACACAACCCACACCAGGUUACGUUCCCUGCUCACCCUGCUGCCACCGUGACCUGACCCCGGAGAAAUGGAAGUUUAGAAAAAAUAAAAAAAUAGAGCUACGGAUGACUAUUA